AUGAACUCAUACCAUAAUUUAACCACUGCUAUGAAAUCAAGGGGUAGCUUAGGACUGACUAUGAACUUCUGUCGCUGUAUAAACUCGGGAACCAAGAUUUCGCAUGCAAGAAAGCCGAACCAACACCGCUCAUACAAAGUGUCUUCUCCAGCAGAAUUUAUAUUGCACGAACCGAAGGAGUUACUGGCAUCCAGCAUUACAAAAUUCUUGCCGCCUAGGUCUGGUUUCAGGGGGCUAGUAGAAUCUCUCUCUACGACUCUUAAAACUACCAACCCUCCAUCUAUCUCUAGGCUUCGUGCGCUACUCCAGGCAUACAAUUCAGAUUCACUCGAGUGGUCCAAAUUUGCGCAAGCAGAUGCAACUAAACAAUAUACUAGAAAUCUAGUUUACGAAGUACCCAAUUUAUUCAAUUUGCUCCUACUUGUUUGGACGCCGGGUAAGGCGAGCCCGAUCCAUGAUCAUACUGAUUCUCACUGCCUUAUGAAGAUACUUAAAGGUAAUUUGCGGGAAAGAAGAUAUGGAAUUCCACAUGCUAGCUUCAACUGUCCUAUGGUUCAGACUUCAGAUCUUAAUUAUGGCCUUAAUAAAGUAGCAUAUAUGUCUGAUAAGCUUGGUGUUCACGAAAUUUCUAAUCAGUCCCAAUCUGAGUACGCCGUGUCGCUCCACCUUUACUUUCCUCCCAAUGCAGCGCUAAGAGGCUGUAAGGUUUACAAUAUCAAAACUGGAGAGUACAGUCAUACAAUGCCAACAACUUACGACUCGAUAGUGGAACCAAAUUCUAUCUUUUGA